AUGGUUGUCGAUGAAAAGCUGGAUGAAGGUCGAACAGACAACAACGGACGGUUCCGUCUAUCAGGAUCUAAGUACGAGUUCAGCAACAUUGAUCCACAGCUCACAAUCUACGGCAACAAGUGCAACUACAUUGCGUCGUGCUUCAAGACAGUACGUAUCACUAUUCCCGAUGGAUACAUUACAAAAGGACCUGUUCCACGUUAUACCUACGACAUCGGAACUUUGAAUCUUGCCAGGAAAGAAGAUCAACCAGUGAUGCAAUGCACCAACUGA